AUGGCAAAAGUUAACUAUCCUGAAGAAUUUGCAGGUUUUGCAAUCGUUGAUACAAACGAAUGGAACAAACCCAAGUACAUCACUUAUAAGCCUAAGACGUUUGGUGAUCAUGACAUUGAUAUUGAAAUCGAAUGCUGUGGUCUUUGUGGCUCUGAUAUCAUGACAGCUAGAGGCGGUGAAGCAGGUUGGGGUCAAAUCACUCUACCCCAAGUCGUUGGUCACGAAAUUAUCGGGAAAGUCAUCAAAGUUGGUCCAAAAGUUACCUUGCAUAGACUAGGCGAUAGGGUCGGUUUGGGUGCUCAGGCUUUUGCUUGUUUAGACUGUAACAGAUGUAAGCAAGACAAUGAACAGUAUUGUCCUCAUGGUGUCACCACUUAUGACGGUAAAUAUCCAGACGGUUAUGUAUCUCAGGGUGGCUAUGCGUCCCACGUUAGAGCUCACGAACACUUGUGUUUCCCAAUUCCUGAAAAAUUACAAUCAAUCCAUGCCGCUUCCCUCUGUUGUGCCGGCUUGACUGUCUUCUCCCCAUUGAAGAGGUACAUUCCUAAAGAUUUACCAAAUGGAGUCAAGGCCAAAGUGGCGAUCGUUGGUCUUGGCGGUUUGGGCCACUUGGCUGUUCAACUAUGUAAGGCAUUGGGUGCUGAACCUUGGGUGUUCUCUCGUGGCAACUCCAAAAAGGAACAGGCUUUCAAACUUGGCGCUUCCGGAUUUGUUGCCACUGGUGAAAAAGAUUGGGAGAAACCUCUAUUUGAUCAGUUUGACCUGAUAUUGAAUUGUGCAAUUGGAUUGUCUGGGUUAAACCUUGAUGCUUUCAUUUCGAUUUUAAAAGUUGACGGAAGAUUCUGUUCCGUUGGUUUACCUUCGGAAAGUGAAAAAUAUGAUGUUUCACCAUUUACCUUCUUUAGCAAUGGAUCUUGUCUUUGCUCAUCAGCUUUAGGUUCAAGAGAGGAGGCUCUGGAAUUAUUUGAACUGGCUGCUGAGAACAACAUUGUUCCUUGGGUUGAGACAAUUCCAAUUUCAGAAAAGGGCUGUGAAGAAGCCCUCACUAGGGCUUGGGAUGGUGAUGUCAGAUAUAGAUUUGUCUUUACCGAAUUUGAUAAAGCUUUCGGAACAGGAUCUAGUUGA